GGAAAAAACUUGGUCUGGAUUAAAAUAUGUGUUUAAUAUAAUUAAUAAUAGUUCAGCGUAUACGUUCGAACGGCCGAGUAGCCCGGAAGGACGUUUCACCAUUCAGUCUUGAAAAGCAGCAGAACAAACAAGCCUGCGCUCGACUCUUUUUGUCAAAUAAACCUCCCAAUAAAACGCCCAUCUUUUUUACGGACAAAAAUAUAUUCUCGUAAGAAUAAACUACGAGGGACAACCCUUUUAUAUCAGCUUGUUCAAAUAUAGCUCGAAAAGUGUGCGGCUUUGCUCUGUGUUUCCUUGGUUACAACAAAGAACAACAGCGUUUAUGAGGCCGUCCGCGCUUCAUAUACCGUCAACAGGCUACCUUACCCGCAAACCUAACGACGACGUACUCGUAACACACAUCCGACCGGCAUCGGGUCAACUAUAAGCAAGACAUUCUCAUAUACGGUGCGACGAAAAAUCAUUUUCGGACUGUCCUUGAUGAUUCGUUCGUUUGUGAGCGGAAGAAUAACGAUAAUGGAGAGAAAAAAAUCAUAAUCAAGAUGACGAUCGUCUUCGCUGAUCGGGUUUUCAUUGUUGCGGGUCGAUAGUUACGGUUAACGUGUGUAAUUAAAAGUUCUCUUUAUCCCACUCCCUCUCUCUCUCUCUCUCUCUGUUUGCUUUGUUAUAUUUCGGAAAAAUAUAAUUUGUUAUUUUUUACCACAAUGGAUAAAUAUCGCCUCAACGACGUUUCGCGUAUUUUAAUCGUUUUCCUGUUCCUUUCCUUCGAAAUCAUCGAACAAGGUGAGGCCCUGGAUUGUUUCAAGUGCGUGUCGAUUGGCGGUAACAAUAAAGCCUGUGACGAUCCAUUUCACAAUAAUGGAAGUCUCGAGUUUUUUGAGUCGCCCUGCCAAGGGGGCAGAAAAAAUCGAGAUGGACUUUUUCCCGCCACAGCGUGCAUCAAACUUGCCGGAGUUUACGAUGAAACGGGAGUAACUUUGACGAUUCGAAGCUGCGCUCUCGACAGUGGUACUCUUACGACAGACUCUGAAUUGAUAAGAAUGUCGCAUUGCGGAGGUUUUUACUACGAGGAUAAGUACGUGCGAGGCUGCGUACAAUCGUGCAGCGACGCAGACGCCUGUAACGAAGCAGGUAACACAACAAAUUGGCUCGUGCUUACAAGCAGUUCGAUAAUAAUAGUUGGAUGGACUUCCAUUUCAUUCGGCUACUUUUCGUGAUGCAACGUAUUCAUCGAAAUUUCAACGAGUCUACUAACCCGUAUUUCGCAUACGUCAAAUUCACAGAGCUUGUCAAUAUUUCUCUGAUGAGAAUAUAAAAGCAAAUGAAAAAAUAUCGUGAUCAAGUAAAAUAAUCGUACGAAACAUUCGUAUUCCAAUUUUCCUGCCUUCUUCCCUAUUUUUCACUCACACACCACCUUAUCGAUUGUAUACGUCGAAUUCCCUCUCCCUCGAUUGCGUUCGUUCGAAGGCAUAAGAAAAAGGAUCAAAACCACUGCCAGUAAAGUAGAUUCCCACCAUUUUGUCGACUCUUUUAUGACUUGUUCGAGUAGCUUUUAAAAAUGUAAGAAGAAUCGUGCCUGAAUCGAAAUUAAUCGUAAUUUUUCUACAAACACUUCGACCUGAAAUUGCAUUCCACGAAAUCGUCUCGUGUGAAUGUUUAAACAAUCGUCUUACUACGAAAUACUUUUGAAAUCUUUGUAAAUGAGAAUCCUCGAGGAUUCUAGAAUCCGAGAACUGUGCACGCGUGUGAAUUAUCGAUCGAAGAAUUAAACACUGUGCGAUCUCGCCAUCCUCGAACGGAUGGAUUUGUUUCCUUUUUUUGUAAUUUCUAUGUUCAUUGGAUGAUACUAAAACUUUGUGAAAAUAAAUGAAUCAUCUUCAGCAUAAA